UGCCGAGGGUGAAAUUCCUCGCGACAAACAAAUGCUUUGAAAAAAUGGAAAUCGAUGAAAUCACGGCAGAAAUUUUUGAUAGCAGGCCAUCAAUCACUCGUUGUUAUUAUUAAUAAUACAGGACACUUUGCCUACAGGGACCGAAAAACUGCUCGAAGUUGUCGUUCACGGAACAGUUCCAUAUAUAAGAACCAAACGAAUGGCGACACUCGACUACUUGGUGGCUCGGUCUCAUGACCGUUAUCUAUGUUGAUGUGUCAGUACGAUGGAGGCCAGCGCUGGACAUUUGUGUAGCUACCCGUCCCAUUUUUUAACCACGUAAGCAAAGUUUGUGUCUGAGGCAAAGUUUUACAGUUCGAUAUUUUGCGCCCUCUUGUGAAAUAACAUACUCAGCAGCAUCUUUGAAAGUUUUGUGUAGGACGGUGAUCAUUCAUAAUAAAAAGAUCUUCCAAUGCUAGUGCCAUUAAAUUUUGAGAAGAUACAGGUGAACAAGUGCAGAUUAUAAUUACUAUUUUUGUCAUGGCGUCUCAGUGUUAAUCUCUAACAUGGCAUCGUCAGGACCAAGUAUUUGUCCAGAAGCACUUAGAAACUUCAGAUAUUACUAUUCUGUGACACACUGGGGAAAGAAGGUGCUGUUCAUAAUAUACCGUUUCUCUUUCCUCGAUGGACAGAGCAAGAAAAUUUCCGAGAUUCUCGUCGACAACGGAGUGCAACUUGAAAGAUAUCCUUUCAAUUCCCAGGAUGUCACAAACCUGACCGACAAGCAUCCAGAAGAUUUGGACAUCACUCUGAUGAAUAAAGUAUGCCGGGCUCUUUGGCAAAAGGGGGUAAAGAACCCUAGUGAUGAACUUAAAGCUUUAGUGAAAAAAAUAAAAGAUGAGAGGAACGUUGUUAGCCAUGAAGUGGAGAUGAUGACGGUCCCAGAUUUAAUAAGCAAGCUCUCUGACUUUCAAGCAACGCUCGAGGAAACUCUUUGCGAAGCCAAAUCUGUCUUUUCGAGUCAUGUUGCGGAAAUUGUUCUACUCGAAAAGGAGAUCCAAGAGGCCAUUCCAAAGCUGAUAGGAAAGAUCCGUGAGAAAUACGAUCCCUCAAUCCCGGAAGACUUGCAAAACUUUCAGGAAGAAAUAGACGCGUUUGGGUAGGAGCUCUCUGAAUACAUACAACAACUCUCUCGGAAAGAACUCUUGUCUCUUUACAUCAACCUCUGUCAGAUUUCCCCCUUCGACUGGCUAGCUCAGUUUAGUAUCACAUAUCCAUGUGCCAUCAUGGUUUGCUCAAAGUUGUCGGAGAGUAAGGAGUUUCACUGGGGUCUUCGUGGCAGUGGAGCCAUCACUGUUGAUCAAAAUGGAAUCCUGGAAGUUAAAGACCCAUCAGGAAACGACCCCAAAGUCGUCAUUAUCUCUGGUAAUGCAGGUUCAGGAAAGACCACGAUUCUCUGUUCCAUUGCUGAGAAAUGGCAUAAGAACGCAGAAGAUAUGCCAGAGCUUUCCUCCUUUCAAAUAUUACUCUACAUGCAGUUUAGAAAUCAUAGCCAUGACAACUUUGAUGACUUCCUACGAAACUUGCUUCCAAACACUGUAUCUCUGUUUCAGUUGAAGCAUAUAAAGUCUUCAGUGAUUGACUCUAAAUGUCUAGUCUUGUGUGACGGGUAUGAUGAGUGGAAUGAGAAAUCUGCAAAGCUCUUUGAAGAAAUAUUAUCUCUUCCUUCUAAGAAUAUGAAGAUUGUUGUCACCACACGACCAGGGAACACUGAAAGACUAACAGAAAUUGUGAACAAAGAAAAAUGCGUCAGAGUCAACCUACAAAUUUUAGGUCUUCAGAAAGAGGACAUGAACUUGCUUACAGAAACACUCAUUGGCCAUCUGGUGAAAGAUGACCAGACCCGAAAGGAACUGAAAAGUGACCUACUUCGAAAAAUAGAUGAAAUGGACGCUAAAAUUAGGGUCAUCCUGCAGACACCAUUGUUUUUCAACCUGUUUGUUCUUCUUCAUGUUGAAUGUCAGGAUCUGAGCAAUGAAAUGAACAGCAGGGCAUCACUCUACCUGCAACUGAAGAAGCACAUGACUAAAAGAAUCUCCAACAAGACAGGAAUCUCAAGAGAAUCACUGGAGGAAUUUGAUGCUUUGUACAGAAAAUGGUCUCUGAAACACUAUACUGAGAGAAAAUAUGAAUGGUAUGAGGAAGAUGUAAAAAGAUUUAAAUCAGAGAUAAGAUGCCAAGAGGUACUUGACAACUUUGAUGCCAUCAUGUCAUCCUACUUCAAUAUAAAACAUACGAAUAAGCUUCUUGAGAUUGGAACAGUAUUCUGCCACAGACACCGAAGCGAGCAGGAGUUUGCAGCUGCAGGCUCCAUCUGUGACGACAUCAUCGUUUCAAGCAGAAAGCAGGAAGGAGGGAACAUUUUCCUCGAUGUGCUGUUGUCAAAGGGAAUCUUAAAGCCUGAAGAUCUUGUGCCAAGGACGCCGGAUCCAUUUGACGACCUGGCGGAAAUCAUGGACGCGGUUAAAAAGCGUGUAAUACCGGAAGUCAGAGAAAUGCUUUCCUUCGUACCAGGAAUACUUCACAAUACUAAGAAAACUGUGCUGUACCAAAUCAUAGAUGACAUUCACGAUUUCUACGUCAAGUUCAAUGAAGUCUAUGAAUUACGCGUUACGGAUGAUCUUUUGGUGCCGUAUGCUGAAACCAGAUUGGAUGAAAAGGUUCUGGAAUCACUUGUUUCACGGUUCAGAAAAAUAGAUGCGGGUGGGAGAGUCUAUUUAAGGCAAAUGGAUGAUCUUUUCGUCCUACCGUCCUUAUUGUCUAAACUGAGGCCCAAUGAAGUUGUGUUUCAAGAUGUACCGAGAGAUCUUGCAGAGCUCAACAAAACACUGGAGGUUACCAAUCAGCUCGGCAUCCAUACAGAGUUUAACAUAACUAUGUCGCGAAAGCAAUUUCAAGCAAUUACAGGCCAGGUUUUGCAUCCAGUAGAUUACUUAGCUGUGAUAAUCAACAGAGAUGUGCUCGAAGACCCGGGCAGCCUUCGUCCGUUUUCUCUCCAGAGUUCUGCCAGACGACUGACAAUGAAGUACUUCCUCUACAGCGAUGACGUCGACCGCGUGGCCGAGGUCCUGAACAGGACGGUUCCUCCGAACCGCGCCGAGGACACCACCGAAUUAACCGUCUUCUUUCCGAUAAGUGAUAACAUAGGACGUCUGCUCCAGUUGCUGACCGUCGGGCCUUUGAGGUCAAUAACUUUUGUGCCAGAGACGAAUUUUGACAUGAGCCAAUGGGAGGACCUGAAGAAACUCGCUGUAGAAAAGCGACUCGGACAAAUAAAGAUUCAUUAACUAAAAUUUUGUUUUCAGACUGAAAAAAAAAAAAAAAAUCACAGGAAUACAAUUUUUUUCAGACUUAAUAAAAUUCACAAGACAAAUUUUUCAGACCGAAAAAAAAUUAAGAAAUAGGAAGAGGAUUUUUUUUUCAGGCCUUUCCUGAUUUAGUAAUUGGGUCUAUUGUAUUUCAUUGUACCGAUUUUUAUUACAAAGAAUAAUCGAAUUAACAGUCACCCCACAUUGCAAGAUAAUGUCCAUUGUUAAGAAAUUCACAGUCUCGUGAAAACAAAUUGUUAAAAAAUCCACUAUUAUACAUUAAAAAUACAUUUCUAUGUAAUAUUAGAACAAAGACUUUUAAACACCUGAACGGUGUUCCUCAUCAGUGUAACGUAAUAUAUAAUUGUGGAUUUUUAACAACAUAAUAUCCAUUGUUAAUGAGAGUUUGUAGAGAACGUGACGACUGGAAUAUUUACACAAUAUUGAUAUUGAUAAACUUUUGCUUUUACUGUAAGACACUACGUAUGCCAAGCUGUACUGAAAUGAAUAAUAAACGCAAGGAUCCUGAUGCUAGCGGCAUAAUUGAGGCUUCGGAAUUUAGUAGAGCAAGGUGACAAAUAAGAAAGGAUUUUUGAAGAAAUGUCUGUGGUCAAUCAAAAUCAUAACAUUUUAAUCUUUUUCUGUCAGUUUUACUCUCAUGGAUUUUUAUACAUUGAUAAUUUGCUUAUAAUGCUUUUUUUUACAAUCUGUUCAUAUUUUCUACCAAAAUGAAUGUCUUAGUAACCUAAGUUUUUUGUAUCCUGUUCAUGAAAUGUGCAAUUUUUCAAGACUCUCGAAGUUUAAUUUUUCAGUUAUUUACUUUUGUUUUGUUGUCUCAGAUUGUAAUGAUGGAAAUCAUUCAUUUAGCUUUUAUGACAGUACUCAUGGAAAUUGGUGGAUUGGAAAACCGAAUUGGUUUUCAUCUUAUCAAGAUGUUAAGUUAGCCACUCGAAGUUGAGAUUGUCUAUGAUUGAGUGUACGUACGUAAGUACGUAACCGUAACCAAGUGCGCAGUUGCAUAUGCUCAAAUUGCUCUGUUCGAGACGAGUACGGCAACGCUGAGGGGAAACGAAUGUAUCUCCCCUUAUAUUCAUUUGAAAUUACGUAUUUCUCCCUUGUAAAAGGUAUGCACUUGUCGUAGUUUAUAAUGUACAUGUUGCCAUAACAUUUGGUUGUGUUUCUUUAUAUACUUUUACUUUGAUAUAACUGUCAAUUGCCAAGAAUUGUAAUGGUACUGUUACUAAGUUGCACCAUGUUGAGCUUACAUGUUGUUGCAAUUGUGCCAUCAACUAACUGUAGGUUAAGAUGUGAAUUAGUCUUCCAUAUAUUUAUAAAAAUGUAAGUUCUAGAGUAAAUUCCACCCAUGUUAUGCAUAUAAAGUCAGGCUAACUGCGAUGCGUAACAGUAAAGUUAGGCAUGAGUAGCAUAGCCUAAAGGCCUAACUACUGCAUGCUCUUUGGCACGAAAUUGCCAUCCUAAAAGAACUGUUUGUAUUACAGGGAACCAGUAUAGGGGUAGAGUGUAAGAACCAGUAUAGGGGUCCAGUGUAAGAACCAGUAUAGGGGUCCAGUGUAAGAACCUGUAUAGGGGUCCAUUGUAAGAACAAGUAUAAGAAUCGGUGUUGGUUCUAACUGGUAUUGAAGGAGUACAGCUAGGAAUAAGCUGCUUUUACAAUGUACCCACCUACUGUUAAGAAGAAAUAUUAAAAAUAAAACCCGGGAGCCAGUCUUUCUCUCAUCC